AGCAGCAGCACUGUAAAUGUCGGCGGUGGAGGAGGAGGAAGCAGCAGCAGCAGCAGCACUGUACAAGUCGGUGGCGGAGCCAGUGGUGGUGGUGGUAGCAGCAGCAGCAGCAGCAGCUCCACCAUCAACAUUGGAGGUGGCUCUGCUGGAGGAAGCUCUGUCUCUGUAGGAGGAUCUUCUGCUGCUGGAGGUGGAUCGGCCAGCGCGGGCACUGGAGCUGGGGGGUCCAUCGCCACCGGAAUAGACCUUGGCGUGGAGGGUGAUGGCGACUACACCGACCUGGAUGGGUUCAAGGAGGAGCACAUCACCGACUAUAGCGAUUUAGAAAACUAUAACGACUAUGACGAGCUGGAUUACGACAAAGAGCGCAAGCCACUGCCUGCUGAGACCGAUGAGUAUUAUGGACAGGUCGACGGAGCUCGUGGCGAGAAGGGACAGAAGGGAGAGCCUGCUGUUAUUGAGCCUGGAAUGUUGGUGGAGGGUCCGCCUGGGCCUGAAGGGCCAACAGGUCUGCCCGGACCCCCGGGUGCUUCUGGCCCACCAGGCAGUCCUGGAGAUGUAGGAGAGAGGGGUCCUCCGGGUCGUUCUGGUCUCCCUGGUGCUGAUGGUCUGCCAGGACCCCCUGGCACUGUCCUGAUGCUGCCUUUCAGAUUCAGUGCUGGAGGUGACUCCGGACAGAAGGGACCUGCUGUAUCAGCACAGGAAGCCCAGAUGCAAGCGAUCAUGCAGCAGGCCAGGUUGGCGAUGCGGGGCCCUACAGGUCCAAUGGGUCUGACUGGAAGAACUGGCCCUCUGGGUCCACCAGGUGUAUCAGGACUGAAGGGAGAGUCUGGAGAGGCAGGACCCCAGGGACCACGUGGGCCCAUGGGAUCCCUUGGACCCCCUGGAAAGCCUGGCAGAAGGGGUCGCUCUGGAGCCGAUGGCGCCAGAGGAAUGCCCGGACAGCCUGGAACCAAGGGAGACAGAGGGUUCGAUGGUCUAGCUGGACUUCCUGGUGAAAAAGGACACAGAGGUGAAUCAGGGCCGUCGGGACCUCCUGGAGCUCCUGGAGAGGAUGGAGAGAGGGGAGAUGAUGGAGAGAUCGGACCCAGGGGGCUUCCUGGUGAACCAGGGCCCCGUGGUUUGCUUGGACCAAAGGGACCUCAGGGACCUCCCGGACCCCCUGGUGUCACUGGGAUGGAUGGCCACUCUGGACCCAAAGGAAACAUUGGACCUCAAGGAGAGCCAGGACCUCCUGGACAGCAAGGCAACCCAGGUGCCCAGGGACUUGCAGGGCCCCAGGGAGCCAUCGGUGCCCCAGGAGAGAAGGGUCCUACUGGAAAGCCAGGCUUGCCAGGAAUGCCAGGAGCUGAUGGUCCACCGGGUCACCCUGGAAAGGAGGGGCCUUCUGGAGACAAAGGACACAUGGGCCCUGCAGGACCUCAAGGACCCAUUGGUUAUCCUGGGCCCCGAGGCGUGAAGGGAGCUGAUGGUGUACGCGGCCUCAAAGGACACAAGGGUGAAAAGGGAGAAGACGGCUUCCCUGGCUUCAAAGGAGAUAUGGGUAUCAAGGGCGACAGGGGAGAGCUCGGACCAGCAGGACCCAGAGGAGAAGAUGGUCCAGAGGGGCCGAAGGGUCGCUCAGGUCUCCCAGGAGAUGCUGGUCCUCUUGGAACAACUGGAGAGAAGGGUAAACUUGGAGUUCCUGGGUUGCCAGGAUAUCCAGGAAGACAAGGACCAAAGGGAUCUCAGGGUUUCCAAGGCUUCCCUGGUGCCAAUGGAGAGAAAGGAACUCGGGGAACAGCAGGGAAGCCUGGCCCACGCGGACAGAGAGGACCAACGGGGCCUCGAGGAGAGAGAGGGCCAAGAGGACAAACGGGAAAAGCUGGACCAAAGGGUAACUCAGGAAAUGAUGGCCCACCAGGACCUCCCGGUGAGAGGGGUCUGCCAGGGCCUCAGGGACCAACAGGUUUCCCAGGACCAAAGGGUCCUCCUGGACCCGCAGGAAAAGACGGACUGCCUGGACAUCCCGGACAGAGAGGAGAGACUGGAUUCCAAGGCAAGACUGGCCCUCCUGGUCCUCCAGGUGUGGUUGGACCUCAGGGACCAACAGGUGAGACUGGACCAAUGGGAGAUCGGGGCCACCCUGGACCCCCAGGCCCACCUGGUGAGCAGGGUCUUCCUGGAUCUGCAGGGAAAGAAGGAGCCAAGGGUGACUUUGGCCCUGUUGGCCCAGCGGGUAAGGACGGUCCUCCUGGGCCACGCGGAUUCCCCGGAGAGAGAGGUCUUCCUGGCCCAGUGGGGGCUCAUGGACUGAAAGGGAAUGAGGGUCCUCACGGCCCACCUGGCCCCGCUGGUUCUCCUGGUGAACGUGGUCCUGCUGGCCCAGCUGGACCCACAGGCCUUCCAGGACGUCCAGGCCCCCAGGGACCUCCAGGUCCUGCUGGAGAGAAAGGUGGACCGGGAGAGAAAGGACCUCAAGGACCAGCUGGAAGAGAUGGUAUUCAGGGACCUGUGGGUCUGCCAGGACCUGGAGGACCUCCUGGACCACCUGGAGAGGAUGGAGACAAGGGAGAGCUCGGAGAGCCUGGCCAGAAAGGAAGCAAGGGUGACAAAGGAGAACAUGGUCCACCCGGUCCCACUGGGCCUCAAGGGCCUGUCGGAGCUCCCGGACCUGCAGGUGCAGAUGGUGAGCCUGGUCCCAGAGGUCAGCAGGGUCUGUUUGGCCAGAAGGGAGACGAAGGAUCGAGAGGAUUCCCCGGACCUCCAGGCCCAGUCGGGCUGCAGGGUUUGCCUGGACCACCUGGUGAGAAAGGUGAAACUGGAGACGUUGGACAAAUGGGUCCACCUGGCCCCCCUGGUCCCAGAGGCCCCUCUGGCCCCCCAGGAGCUGAUGGCCCACAGGGACCUCCUGGCGGUAUCGGAAACCCUGGCGCUGUUGGAGAAAAGGGAGAUGCCGGUGAAACAGGAGAGCCAGGUCUUCAGGGAGAUGUUGGCCCACCAGGUUCAAGAGGAGAACGAGGAGAAAAGGGAGAGUCUGGUCCGGCUGGUACAGCUGGACCCCCUGGCCCCAAGGGUCCCCCUGGAGAUGAUGGUCCUAAAGGCAGCCCAGGUCCAAGUGGUUUCCCUGGAGAUCCCGGCCCUCCUGGAGAGCCUGGUCCUGCUGGAUUAGAUGGUCCACCUGGUGACAAGGGAGAUGACGGAGAGGCUGGUCAGGCUGGUUCACCUGGACCCACUGGAGAGUCUGGUCCCUCUGGACCACCAGGAAAAAGAGGCCCCCAUGGAGCAACAGGACCUGAGGGAAGACAAGGAGAGAAAGGAGCCAAGGGAGAGUCUGGUUUGGAAGGUCCCCAAGGAAAGACAGGCCCUGUCGGUCCUCAAGGAUCACCUGGCAAGCCUGGUUCUGAAGGUCUCAGGGGUAUCCCUGGCCCAGUGGGAGAGCAAGGUCUGCCUGGUCCUUCAGGCCCAGAUGGACCUCCCGGGCCUAUGGGCCCUCCUGGUUUACCAGGUUUGAAAGGAGACUCAGGUGUCAAAGGAGAAAAGGGACAUCCGGGUCUUAUUGGUCUUAUCGGACCCCCAGGUGAACAAGGAGAGAAGGGUGACAGGGGUCUUCCUGGUCCUUCAGGAACGUCUGGUCCCAAAGGAGACAAUGGUAUUGCUGGUCCCUCAGGUCCCAUCGGUCCCCUGGGUCCUCCUGGAUUACCUGGUCCUCCUGGCCCCAAAGGAGCUAAAGGGUCAUCGGGUCAAACUGGACCAAAAGGAGAGACUGGUACUCCUGGACUUCCUGGCCCUCCUGGCCCUCCUGGCGAUGUCAUCCACCCACUCCCCAUCCAGGCUCCCAUCAAGGGCCGAAUGCGCAGGAACAUCGACGCCAGCCAGGUGAUGGAUGACGCCGCCGUGGACGCCAACUACAAGGACUACGACGAUGGCAUGGAGGAGAUCUUUGGCUCGCUCAACUCCCUGAAACUGGAGAUUGAGCAGAUGAAGCACCCGCUUGGCACACAGAGCAACCCCGCUCGCACCUGCAAGGACCUGCAGCUCUGCCACUCUGAUUUCCCAGAUGGCGAGUACUGGAUUGAUCCAAACCAGGGCUGCUCUCGGGACUCCUUCAAGGUUUACUGCAACUUCACAGCAGGUGGAGAGAGCUGCAUCUACCCUGAUAAGAAGUCAGAAGGGGCUAGGCUCACAUCCUGGGUAAAGGAGAAUCCCGGCUCCUGGUUCAGUGAAUUCAAACGUGGUAAACUGCUCUCAUACGUGGACGCAGAGGGCAACCCGAUCGGCGUGGUCCAGAUGACCUUCCUGCGGUUGCUGAGCGCAGCAGCCAGACAGAACUUGACGUACAACUGCUAUCAGUCGGUGGCCUGGCACGACCAGGAUCAGGACAACUACGACAAGGCCAUCCGCUUCCUCGGCUCCAACGAUGAGGAGAUGUCGUACGAUAACAACCCCUACAUCCGCACCCUGGUCGAUGGCUGUGCGUUGAAAAAGGGCUACGAAAAGACGGUACUCGAGAUCAACACGCCAAAGGUGGAGCAGGUGCCGUUUGUGGACCUCAUGUUCAACGACUUUGGAGGCUCCACGCAGAAGUUCGGAUUCGAAGUGGGCCCCGUCUGUUUCAUCGGCUAAGACUGUUUACUGAGCAAAUGGAGAAAAAGAAAAGCAUAUUUUGUUUUCUCAGAAAAAAACAUUUGAAAAAGAAAUAGGACGAUUCUAUUUGUAAAAAAAAAAAAAAAAAAACUUUUUUUUUCCAUAAAGCAACAAGAGUAAAAAUGAAAUCAAGUUGAGGAUGCAGUGAAAUUCUUUUAGAAAUAGAGGAAAAACGAAACAACCUCAGUGGGCCUUCUCCAUCACAUGCAAGUUUUGAAACUGGAUGUCAGAUACUGCCUCCUACGCCACACACUCACGCAGACACACACCUAGCCCCAUGCCAUCACUCGAUUUAGACCUUCUGGUCCCAAACAACGGAGGCGACCCUGAGAGCUGCAGCCAUUCCAGACGAGAGCAGUUUUUUUUCCAAGGACUCCAACUGAUUCGGCUUUUUUUCCCCUCAUCUUUGGUUCUGAUCUCAUGUCUUCCUUCAUCUCCCUGGCUUCUUCCACUUUUUGUUGGGUUGUUUUUGCUCAUUCACUACUAGGAGCUCUUGCUUGUGCAUAAUUGUCCCCCCCAUUCUCUUGGAAUGGAUCCUCUAUAUAGAUAUAUAUAUAAAAAUAUAUAUAUAUAUAAAUAAUUUUUAUGUUUGUAAGUACAUUCUGUAUAUUUUUUUCCUGGUUAUGUUUAUUGCUUCUUGCUUCAAAACGUGCAUGUGACUUUAUUAAUUGUGGAGGUAGGAGGAGGAGGAGAUGAUGGAUACAGGGAUAACACCUAAAAUUGCAGAGAUAUUGAAAGUGAGGAAAUUCGACUUGUAAAUUGAAAAAACAAAGAAACUAACUAAUUGGGAAGUCCUGUCUUGUUGCAGUUGUAGAGCACAUCUUGUUGUAAUUUAAGAACACAUGGAAAUAAAAAAAAGACGAAAACAAGCUCUGUGAUAUUAUGUGACAGUUGAUUUGCAGAACUAAUGAAAAAAAGAAAAAUAAUACAUUCCUCCUUUUGUGCCCUCGGAACAAACCACCUACCUUGGUGGCAAAUGUCAUUAAUUUAAUAAACGGCUUCUAUUUUUCUUUUCCUGAAAUACUCAUCUGACUAUGCAAUGAGAGAUGUCACUUUUGAAUGGAAACACAUCAAAGAACCCUGGUGCUAUUUUUCCUCUCGUCUGUGGUGCUAUGUAUUUUUCUAGUUUGUGUUUGUUUGAAUGAAAGGAAAUUUGUGGCGAUAAUAUUCUGUCACCAGCUGCCCCUUGACUCUUAACCACCACAGUGGACGCAGGUGGAUCUGUGUUGCAUCCAUUUUUUUUAUGACUAAUGUCCAGCAGUGGUGUCUGCAUGCUAUUUCUCCUGCUCGCAGGUCAGUGCAGCAUGGCGGCGUUAUGUUGCUUCGGCGGACCGCACGGAUAGGAAAAAUGUGUCUUGUACCAAAUAUUGGGAAGAGAAAAAAGGAAACUAAGAUGGUGCUGUUGGCUUUGUUGCUGCGUUUUCGCCUCUCGCUGCUGGGAGAGAGGGAAAUGUUUGAUGGGCGUGCAAAAAGGGUUAUGAUCCAUUGUCUUGUUUGGUUUGGAAAACUCAACCCUUCCACCAAAGGUUAUCACAUAUAUUUAGCUUUAACAGGCUUGAAUUUUUCUUAUUUUCUUUCUUUUGUAUGGGAAUGUUUUUCUUGAUUUAUCCAAAGUAGAGGCAGGUAAUGAAACUAGCCAGAUCAAGCAGUUUGCUCCUGCAGUGGCAGAAAAUGUCUUGUUGGUCUUUUAUUUUUGCCCUAUUUGUAAUUAUGCUCUUCGUUCAAACUAUGCACUCUCUUUGCUUAUGACCACUAAGUAUCUACCACAUAAUUUUUUACAGCCCUUCAUACAUAGAUUUGUUUCCUCUUUUUUAAAAAUCUUCAAAUAUGUGACUUGAACCAUUUUCUGUUAAGACAACUCAAUAUGCUUGUAGAUCUCUGGCUUUAUCCUUUCAUUGUCAUGCAGUACGCCCAAAUUUUAAAACACUUUGCUCUCAACGUAGAAGACAAACAAUUUCUUGUAAAUUUCCAGAACCAGCAGUAAUGCUGCCAUUGUUUUUGUUUUGUAGAUUUUCCGUUUUUUCGUCUGUCUUUGUCUGGUUUGUUUUUCACAGUCUUGUCGAAACCUGUGUAAGGAUAAGAGGAUAGAAGAUAUAUUGGUUUUUAUGUCAAUAAAUUCAAGUUUACUGUGGCCAUCCACUCUUGUAUGUCUUUUGAAGCAUUAAAACCUAUCUGUAUGCAUGAAAUUGUAAAGUUUUUUCUCUUGUUAUGAUCUUGUAGGGGAACAUGAUCUGUAGUCCAGGUUUUUAUUCAUCGGGAUACGUCCGUUUUUUUCAUGAAUGAAAGAUACAAAAAUAUAAAAGUAAAGGUCAUGUCCACAAUUGUGAAGUGGAGAGGAAAUGAUGAACUUGUAACUCUACCAAAGACAAUGUUCGUUUGUAGUAUAUUUAUUGUACUAUUUAAAAUAAAAAAAUAAAUGUUAAAUGAUACCAUA